CACUGCGGUGCCAACAGAGAGAAGCGGGCUGGUUGCUAAAUGGGAACUCAGAGCUGAGUCGUCUUCCCUAGUGUGAGUGUAGGGGGUCCUGGAAGCUAGACAAGGAAAGACGGAAGGAAACGCUGCUUGCUCAGUUUCCAUCACCCACCUACAAGCUGGGGUUUGUUCCCUUGCAGAAAGGACGCUGGAUUCGGGGCGCGCGCUGAAGCCGCCCCGCAGGUCCCCAGGUGGGUAGCCCGGGCGAGAGAGGAAGGGAACGUUACCUUCCCCUCGGAAGAGGGCGCUGGCUCCCCCCAGCCGGCCUUUAUAACCAGGCCGCGGGAGGCGAGGAGGCAGCCGGCUGCCGUCUGCGAAUCGCAAAAGCAUGCAGUUAGGAGAGCAGCUCCUGGUGAGCUCCGUGAACCUGCCGGGCGCGCACUUCUACUCGCUGGACAGUGCGCGAGGUGGCGGAGGAGGCGGAGGAGGGGGAGGUGGCGGGAACGUCAGCCUCCUCCCCGGUGCUGCUCCCUCGCCCCAGAGACUGGACUUAGACAAAGCGUCCAAGAAGUUUCCGGGCAAUCUCCCGUGCCAGGCGGGUAGCGCAGAACCCACAGGCGCCGGCGCGGGGGCCCCCGCGGCCAUGCUCAGUGACGCAGACGCCGGGGACACCUUUGGCAACGCCUCGGCUGUGGCCAAGCCCGGUCCCCCGGACGGCCGCAAGGGUUCCCCGUGCGCCGAGGAGGAGCUGCCCUCCGCCGCCAGCGCUGCGGCCAGCGCGCGCUACUCCAUGGACAGCCUGAGCUCCGAGCGCUACUACCUCCCGUCGCCGGGACCGCAAGGCUCCGAGCUCGCCGCGCCCUGCUCGCUCUUCCAGUACCAGGCGGCGGCCGGAGCAGCCCACGGAUCCGUGUACCCCGCGUCCAAUGGCGCGCGCUACCCCUACGGCUCCAUGCUGCCCCCCGGUGGAUUCCCCGCCUCCGUGUGCCCGCCCGCGAGGGCGCCGUACGGCCCCGCCGCGGGCUCGGGGACCGGUGCCAGUGGCAGCGGCGGCGGGGCUGGCGGUCCUGGCGCCUAUCCCUACGGCCAGGGCUCUCCUCUCUACGGGCCGUACGCCGGAGCCGCAGCGGCCGGAUCUUGCGGAGGAUUGGGAGGCCUCGGGGUGCCCGGUUCCGGCUUCCGCGCCCACGUCUACCUGUGCAACCGGCCCCUAUGGCUCAAAUUCCAUCGUCACCAAACUGAGAUGAUCAUCACCAAACAGGGCAGGCGCAUGUUUCCUUUCUUGAGCUUCAACAUAAACGGACUCAAUCCCACCGCCCACUACAACGUGUUCGUGGAGGUGGUUCUGGCCGACCCUAACCACUGGCGCUUCCAAGGGGGCAAGUGGGUGACCUGUGGCAAAGCCGACAAUAACAUGCAGGGCAACAAAAUGUACGUUCACCCGGAAUCUCCUAACACUGGUUCCCACUGGAUGAGGCAGGAGAUUUCCUUUGGGAAGUUAAAACUCACUAAUAACAAAGGAGCAAGCAGCAACAACACACAGAUGAUAGUGCUGCAGUCUUUGCACAAAUACCAACCACGACUGCACAUUGUGGAAGUGACCGAGGAUGGCGUAGAGGAUCUGAAUGAGCCUUCCAAGACCCAGACCUUCACCUUCUCAGAAACACAGUUCAUCGCCGUGACCGCCUACCAAAACACUGACAUUACGCAGCUAAAGAUUGACCAUAACCCCUUCGCCAAAGGCUUCCGGGACAACUAUGAUUCCAUGUACACCGCUUCAGAAAAUGACAGGUUAACUCCAUCUCCCACGGAUUCUCCUAGAUCCCAUCAGAUUGUCCCUGGAGGUCGGUACGGCGUUCAAAACUUCUUCCCGGAGCCCUUUGUCAACACCUUACCUCAAGCCCGAUAUUAUAAUGGUGAGAGAACCGUGCCACAGACCAACGGCCUCCUUUCGCCCCAACAGAGCGAAGAGGUGACCAACCCUCCCCAGCGGUGGCUUGUCACGCCUGUCCAGCAACCUGUGACCAACAAGCUAGACAUCAGUUCCUAUGAAUCUGAAUACACUUCCAGUACCUUGCUCCCGUAUGGUAUUAAGUCCUUGCCCCUCCAGACAUCUCAUGCCCUGGGGUAUUACCCUGACCCAACCUUCCCUGCAAUGGCAGGGUGGGGGGGCCGAGGCGCUUAUCAGAGGAAGAUGGCAGCUGGCCUACCAUGGACAUCCAGAAUGAGCCCCCCUGUGUUCCCAGAAGACCAGCUUGCCAAGGAAAAAGUCAAAGAAGAAAUUAGCUCCUCCUGGAUAGAAACCCCCCCUUCCAUCAAGUCUCUAGACUCCAACGAUUCGGGGGUGUACAGCAGCGCUUGCAAGAGAAAGCGCUUGUCCCCUAGCACCUCCAGCAAUGGAAACUCGCCCCCUGUCAAGUGUGAGGACGUGAACCCUGAAGAGUACAGUAAAGACGCCUCGAAAGGCAUGGGGGCAUAUUACGCUUUCUACACAACUCCCUGAAGAGCUGUUUUAACCCCCAGUGUUUUCCAGGUGGACCUGGUGGUGUUCCUGUUGUCGUUUUCUUUACCUAGGUGACCAAAAAGACUUUUCCCCUCCACCUUUGCUGUCUCCUGUUUUGUGCAGUUCUCUGAGAGAAGGUGCCAAAGCUUUGCCGUAGCUGCAGGUAACGAACUGAAGCAAACCUAGCAUUUUUUUUUUUUACCCUUUGUAAAAUAAAAUUAACAGAGGACUCGGAAGUGUUUUAAAAUUCAGAGGUUGUUCAAAGUGCUGGAUUUAUUUAUGGGAAACAAACAUUCAAUGAGUGCCAGAUGCUAUCCAGUGAGUUUCAAAAGCAAAAAGCAAGCAAAAGUCUUUAGCUCUCAUUUCUACUUGUAAAUCUUUAAGCAAACAGCAGCCUAGAGUGUUAAGGUAUUUUUGCUUCAGGAAAAGAAGGGCUGGGCCUUGAGUUUCAAAAGUGGGCUCUUCAUGGCUAUCUUCUGCCAGUGGCUGAAGAGUCUGGGCUUGAGAGUCAAGGAAGGAAAAACUAAUGGGAAAGUGGCUAGGUAGUCUUGGCUGCCUGUAGUUCCUUACGGGAUUUUGGGAUAAACCAUUUGCCAUAGGGAUGGAUGGCCCUGUGUUGCUGGAUGAAACCAGGGGGAUCAGAGAGAAAGGGAGAAUUUAAGUGUACAGUUGUGUGUUUAGACACCGUAGAGUACUCUGGAAUAUAUUGUACAAAUUCAGCUGCCUAGGUAUCAGAGAUAAACUAAUGUAAACUUGGUGCCUAGGCUUUGUAAAGAAUUUGCAGGGUUGAGCGGAGCCUCAGUAGCUUGGCUAUUCCGUCCACUUAGUUAUGUACUUACUCAGCUGCCUCUGUAUUCACUUCAACCACACUUAAGAAAAAAAAAAAACCUGUUUAAUCCUUUCCUUGGUCAUCCCUACUUUGCCCUUCAGUAAAUGUGAAGAAAUUGCAGUCUGAUGCCACAGUUCCUAUAGGCUUUUUAGAGACUCUGAAUUUUUAUGUACAGUUGUAAGUCAUUUUUAAUAAAUGUGGUUC